UGGGGAAUCAGGGGAACUCAGAUUCUGAUCAGAAUAUUAAUUUGACAAUUUGGAAAAAUAGUGAUUCCUCCUUUCAUUCUUACCAUUAUUUUUUAAAAGACCAUUAUAACCCUAAUCAAAUACCUUAAUACCAAAAUACUCUAAAAUUAAACUACCUAAAUCAGGACAUAAGAAAUGCCCUAGCAUCUAUCGGAUCUCACUCGCUUCGCCUCUUUGCUUGGAGAAGAACAUCUCGGCGGCUGCGGCGACACAACCUCUCCGGUGGCGUUUGGUUCUCCGGCAAAAUGAGGCCCAUUUUCUGUGGGAAUUUUGAGUAUGAUGCACGGCAGUCUGAUCUGGAACGACUUUUCAGAAGAUAUGGAAGAGUUGAUAGAGUAGAUAUGAAGUCUGGAUUUGCUUUUGUUUAUAUGGAGGAUGAGAGAGAUGCUGAGGAUGCAAUUCGAGGACUUGAUCGAAUAGAAUUUGGUAGAAAGGGACGCCGACUUCGUGUUGAGUGGACCAAGCAAGAACGUGGUAUCAGAAGGCCUGGGGUUUCAGUAGGGGGUUCGAGAAGAUCUGCUAAUUUGAGACCUUCAAAGACAUUGUUUGUUAUUAAUUUCGAUCCAUAUCGUACUAGACCGAGGGACUUGGAGCGGCACUUUGAUCCUUAUGGGAGAAUAGCAAAUGUAAGGAUCAGAAGGAAUUUUGCAUUCAUUCAGUAUGAAACGCAAGAGGAUGCUACCAAAGCCCUGGAAUCUACACACAUGAGCAAGUUGAUGGAUCGAGUUAUUUCAGUGGAAUAUGCAAUACGAGAUGAUGAUGAACGAAGAAAUGGGUAUAGCCCUGACAGACGAAGUCGCGAUAGAUCCCCAGAGCGGAGAAGCUAUGACAUGGGUCGGUCACCAAGUCCCUAUAGAAGAGAGAGAGCUAGUCCUGAUUAUGGACAUGGUCCAAGCAGAAGUCCUUAUCGGAGAGAGAGGGAUAGCCCUGAUUAUGGUCGUCGGUCCAGCCCAAGUCCCUAUCGAAGAGAGAGAGCUAACUCUGAUUAUGGUCGUGGUCCCAGCGCCAGUCCCAGCCCUCAUGGGAGAGAGAGGGCAAACCCAGAUAAUGGCCGUGGCCGUAGCCCUAGUCCUCGUAGAAGGGAUGACCGUGGCCUCAGUCCUAGUCCUCGUAGAAAGGAUGACCGUGACCUCAGCCCUAGUCCUCGUAGGAGGGAUGACCGUGGUCUCAGCCCUAGUCCUCGUAGAAGGGAUGAGCGUGGCCUCAGCCCUAGUCCUCGUAGAAGGGAUAACCAUGGCCUCAGCCCUAGUCCUCGAAGUAGAAGGGAUGACCGUGACAUCAGCCCAAGUCCUCGUAGAAGGGAUGUGCAUGACCUCAGCCCCAGUCCUCGUGGAAAGGAUGUUCGUGACUUCAGCCGCAGUCCUCGUAGGCAUGAGAGGACUAGCCCUGAUUAUGAUCGGGAUGCCAGCCCAAAUUUGAAGGCUGAUCUGAAGGAUAGCCCUUAUGGUGCUGAUGAAAGCCCUGUUCCUGAGAGAGAUCACAGUCGUUCGCCCCGUGCAUGGGAAAGGUCUCGAUCUUAAUGAACAUCACCCUGCAGGCAUUUUCCAUGCAGCAGCUGCUGGAUUUGAAUGUUGACCUUCCUGUACGCUUGCGACAGUGUGUAGUCAAUGCUAGUUCAUAAUUUUUUUUUUUUUUAGUUCUCUAGUGAUUUGAAUUCCUCAACUGGAUAUUGAGCUUGUUAUUUUGCCUUUCCUCCCUACAGUACUCCUUGAUUAGAGCUUUAUUAUUAUAUUUUUUUUUCCGUUUUUAUCUGAAACAGGAAUUUGGCCCUUGUGUAACUGGACAUGUAACUUGAAUGCUUCACAAGAAUUCUGCUGUUUGCCUUAA